GAUGAGCACGGAUGGAGAUCAAGGAAUACGGCGGACGUGCUGUAUGUUUGUGUGGAUCCCGGGAACGUGAGGACGACACUGCCGGCGUCGGUGCGUAUAUCGAGCUCUUUGCGGACAUCGCUCCGAGUGUGGAAGACGGCGAUUUUGUGAUUCCGCCGGGGAGGAAAGGAAAUGUAUCUUCUGAGCACAUUCAUGCGAGCACAGUCGCGAAGGAGGGCAAGGGAAACAGCGUCAGCGCACAGUUUUACGAGUGGUGAGAGGAGCAGGUCAGAAACUUGAUGUGAGAGCCGUGCUGCUAGCUAGGAGGACUCUGUUACGACUGCCUGUCUUGUCGCUCGUGUCCCGUGUUCAUCUAUGGAUGUGUGUGCACUGCUCAGUGG